AUGACCCAUGGGCGCAGCUUCUUUCACAUUGUAGCAAGUCUAAUCAUUCUACAUUUGUCUGGGGCAACCAAAAAAGGAACAGAAAAGCAAACUGUUUCCGAAGGACAGAGACCAGUGCAGUGUGGAACUUGGACAAAAUAUGCAGAAGGAGGCAUCUUCACUUCUCCAAAUUACCCCAACAAGUAUCCUCCGGACAGAGAGUGUGUCUACAUUAUAGAAGCUGCUCCUAGACAAUGCAUUGAACUACAUUUUGAUGAAAAAUAUUCCAUAGAGCCUUCUUGGGAGUGUAAAUUUGACCACAUAGAAGUACGAGAUGGACCUUUUGGCUUUUCCCCAAUCCUUGGCCGUUUCUGUGGACAGCAAAAUCCACCUAUGAUAAAAUCCAGUGGCAGAUUCCUGUGGAUUAAAUUUUUUGCUGAUGCUGAACUGGAAUCUAUUGGGUUUUCUGCUCGGUAUAAUUUUACACCUGAUCCAGAUUUUAAGGACCUUGGAGUUUUGAAGCCAUUGCCAGUUUGUGAGUUUGAGAUGGGAGGACCUGAAGGAAUUGUGGAAUCUGUACAAAUUGUUAAAGAAGGAAAAGCUUCUGAAACUGAAGCAGUAGACUGUAAAUGGUACAUCCGAGCACCACCCCGAUCCAAGAUCUAUUUGCGAUUUUUGGACUACGAGAUGCAGAAUUCCAACGAGUGCAAAAGGAAUUUUGUAGCAGUGUAUGACGGAAGCAGCUCGGUGGAGGAUUUGAAGGCAAAGUUUUGCAGCACAGUUGCUAAUGAUGUGAUGCUAAGGACGGGUCUGGGUGUAAUCCGCAUGUGGGCAGAUGAAGGCAGUCGAAACAGCCGAUUCCAGAUGCUCUUCACAUCUUUCCAAGAACCCCCUUGUGAAGCCAACACAUUUUUUUGCCACAGUAAUAUGUGUAUAAAUAAUACACUGGUCUGCAAUGGACUCCAGAACUGUGUGUAUCCCUGGGAUGAAAACCACUGCAAAGAAAAAAGAAAAGCAAACCUAUUGGACCAACUUACCAAUACCAGUGGGACUAUAAUUGGGGUGACUUCUUGCAUUGUGAUCAUCCUCAUUGUUAUCUCUAUUAUAGUACAGAUCAAGCAGCCUCGUAAAAAAUUUGUCCAAAGGAAAGCAGACUUUGAUCAAACAGUGUUCCAGGAGGUGUUUGAGCCUCCUCAUUAUGAGUUAUGCACCCUUAGAGGGACAGGGACUACAGCUGACCUUGCUGACGUUACAGAUGACUUUGAAAAUUAUCAUAAACUGCGGAGAUCCUCUUCAAAAUGCAUUCAUGACCAUCACUGUGGAUCACAAGUGUCUAGUAUUAAGGGCAGCCGUAGUAACCUCAGCACAAGAGAUGCUUCUGUCUUGACAGAAAUACAACCCCAGCCUGUAAAACCACUUGUUCAGCCCAUGAACAGGAGAAAUAUCCUUGUCAUGAAGCAUAGCUACUCACAAGAUGCUGCUGAUGCGUGCGAGAUAGACGAAAUUGAAGAGGUGCCAACCACAAGUCACAGGCUGUCCAGACAUGAUAAAGCUGUUCAGCGGUUCUGCCUCAUUGGGUCUCUAAGCAAACAUGAGUCUGAGUACAACACAACUAGGGUCUAA